CGGUUUCAUCUCCGUGUUUCAUGGGCGGAGUUCAGAAACGCCGUUACGAACGCGUUUGCGAGAGGCUUGCGUGGCUUGGCAUGUGGCGAGGGGUUGCUAGACUGCGAGUAAUGCCCAGCAAUGGCCGACGACGAAGCAUCGCAUUCAACAAGGCCAUUUGCACGGAAGCAACACUAUUGGCGGAAGCAUCUUCGAAUAGCAUCGUGCCUCAGCUCUCUCUGUCUAGAUUGGCAACGGAGUUUGAUCAAUCUGGUUCGUAAUUGGUCGCCGCCCACCGUGGUCGGUACGGUAUUGCUGCCAGCGUCGUGAGGAACAACGAUCAGCAGUAGCCCCAUCCCCCAAAAGUUCUCUGUGGCGUCCGCUAUAAUGUCUGCGACACAGAGCAGCUUCGGCAACCUUUUCCGCCGAAGUGCCUUCGCUUCCUUAGAAACCCUACCACAUAUCAACUCCGCACCUCAAAUCCUAACAGCACCAGUCGCCGAUCGCAUCACUGGGAACUAUGGUCUCAAGCAUAACAUCCCGCCACCGAUAGUUCCCGACCUACCAAAGUAUGUCGAGAUAAGCGGAGUUCAGACCAACAAACUUGAACACUCGCUCUCUUACCAAAAUAUUCAGGUCGAGAGCCACGACCAUCCCUGGACAAAAUAUGCGGUCGUAAAGCCCGCGACGGAAAAAGUGAAGCUGAUGCAGGUGUGGAGUGAGAUUACGCCGGUGACGACUGGCGUGCCGCGAGCGAGGGAGCAGGCGAUGGACUCGUUUGCGAGGGAUGAGGAUUCUGGCCGGAUGAAGUUUGCACCGAAAGUGCAGGCGACGAAGAAGCCUGAGGGAUCGAGUGGGAUGGCAGAGGCGGAGAAGGUGCAGAACCGACGACCACCACCAGACAUGAGCUUGAUGGACCUAUCGCCGAAACAAUGGCGGAAGCUACUCCAACUCGCUCGCGAAAUCCGUCCUCAGUAUCUCAAAGAAGCCGCCGGCGAAAAGUGGGAAUACUACCUCUCAGUCUACAAGCCGACCAUGGGCCGAAACCACCCCGCAGCCAUCGAAGUCCACCCGCCGCACUUCCACAACACAACGCCCGAAAACACCCUCGUGCAAGACGAGGACAAACCCCACUUUGUCAAAGGUCGCUACCUCAACCCCAUCGCCCGAGGCGGCGUCUUCGCGGUCGGUGUCGGCGGCCACGUCGCCAUCCUCCGGAACGAGAAACGACCCGCGUACGAUGGCAUCGUCGGCGAGGGCGGUGAUGGCGCCUACAGUAGCCAACAGGAGCGGUCCAACUUGGUCGAGUUUGUGGUCGAUAAAGCUGCGUUCGAUGACAAAGCCCGUCCCCAGAUUCAGCUCACUUUUGUGGAGAACGUGUCGAGAAUGUCUCCGGUUUCUGGACAGUCUGGGCUUCCAAGAAGGAGCAUUGAUAGGCUGAUAGGACAGCUCCCGGUGGAUGCGAGUCGACGGCCGUUUGGAGUGCCCCCAACGGAGUCGUCAUCCACUACCGACCGUUCAAAUGCACCUCCGCGGAGACAAGGCGGUGAUGUCGACACUAUCUUGGGCCUCAUGAGUCAGAUGUCGAGCAAGAAGCCGAAAUCGGAAUGAGAAACAUGCAUUUUCUCCAUUAUCAAUGCUACCUCCCACCAACCUGAACACCAUAUCCGUCAUUCCGCAAUGCAUCACCCGCCAGCUACCAUCCAUACCCCUCGUAUCCCCCAGUUCCCCGCAAUCCAUAGAUGAUUAUAUAUACACGAUGGGAAUGUAGCCUCCCUUGUAAUCAAUCAUAUACGGUUCCUGGGCUGACUCUGCGCACUUUGUCGAAUGUUCUGAGUAAAUACAUGCGAAAGAAGAACCUGGAAGUUGUCACUCGUUCAACGUUGCAUGCUCACGACACGCGAAGCCAACGCGCCUCAAG